AUGGGAGUUGAGGAGAUGAGUGAGUCCAAGAAGAGGAAAACUGAGGAGAGCGUUGAUGGAGUGCACAAAGUGGUAAAGAGCGGCUCGGCAGAACUGCCGAUGUUCAACUUGCAGAGAUUCUGUUAUAGGCAUAAUCCAGAUAUCCAGUCUUCACCGACCAAUACGGCAUGUUAUAAGCAGGACUUGAAACGAUUCAAAAAUAUCAACGAUCGGAUUACACAACUGCCGAAAGAAGAACGAGAAGAGAUGCAUCAUAUUCUGUCCACGUUUGCCAAGAGUAACGAUAGGCUGAGGAAGCUUAUGUUGGAUGGAUUGCUUACGGCAAGUUGUUUCCCACAACUUUCGUACGUGGCUUCCCAAGUACAAAAUAUGAUAAAGAUCGAUUUCAUUGGCAUUUUACCCCAGGAGAUAUCGCUCAAGAUAUUGUGCUACCUGGAUUGUCAGUCUCUUUGCAGUGCGGCCAAGGUAUGCCGUCGAUGGAAGACUAUGGCAGAUGAUGAUCGCGUUUGGUACCGAAUGUGUGAACAACACAUCGAUAGGAAAUGUCCCAACUGUGGUUGGGGUUUACCGCUGCUACAUAUGAAGCGUGCAAGGUUUCCACAAAAACAGUCUGGCUGCUCAGAGGUUAUCACUGGUGCCAAGAUCCCGCAAUGUGCAGCAAAGGAUAAUACAAACAUCUCGGGAGCUACACCCUGGAAGGUUAUCUAUCGUGAUAGAUUUAAAGUAGAGUGUAAUUGGAGAAAGGGCCACUGCGAGAUACAGGAGUUCAAGGGGCAUAUGGAUGGGGUUUUGACGUUACAAUUCAGUUCUAGAUUACUUUUCACAGGAUCAUACGACUCAACGGUGGCCAUAUGGGACCUUUGCAGUGGUAGAUUGAUCAGACGACUCUCAAGACACGGUGACGGUGUGAAGGCAUUGCAUUUCGAUGAACAGAAACUUGUCACUGGUUCAUUGGAUAAGACGAUCCGAGUGUGGAACUAUAUCACCGGUGAAUGCAUAUCAACUUACCGUGGGCACACCGACAGUGUAUUGAGUGUGGACUCUUACAAGAAGAUUAUAGUAAGCGGGAGCGCAGACAAGACAGUUAAAGUGUGGCAUGUAGAGUCGCGAACGUGCUACUCGCUUAGAGGACAUACCGAAUGGGUUAAUUGUGUUAAAUUGCAUCCCAAAUCUUUCCUAUGCUUUAGUUGCAGUGACGAUACAACGAUACGAAUGUGGGAUAUAAGAACAAACGCAUGCCUACGAGUGUUUCGCGGCCACGUAGGACAGGUUCAGAAAGUCAUCCCAUUGACAAUCGUCGAUAUAGACAACCUAGUAGUUGAUGACAGACAAAUCAACCGGUCUACACAAGAAGAGGACACAGAAGAGGACCAGGAUGUUCUCAAAGAAGAUCUACCAUAUCCAACCCAUCUACUCUCCUGUUCCCUUGACAACACAAUCAAGAUGUGGGAUAUCAGGACAGGGAAGUGCGUCAGGACCCAGUUCGGCCACGUCGAGGGCGUUUGGGACAUCGCUGCGGAUAAUUUUCGUAUCGUAAGUGGAUCGCAUGACGGUAAAGUUAAGCUUUGGGACUUACAAAGCGGAAAGUGUAUCCACACGUUUCAGGGCAAGAGCUUACAAGAGCCUCGUGAGUCGGUAAAUGACCAAUCGCCCCACAAGGUAUCACCAAUAGCAUGUGUAGGCAUCGGAGAUUCGGAGUUCUUCACUGGCGAUGAGAUGGGGUACGUUAAGAGAUAUAACUUUGAUAUUACAUAG